AAGUUUACUCCAGGACGCCAGAGGGCGACACCGCUGUCACCUCACGUAUCUGUGUGAGGGGUGAAAGUUGACUCGUGUGACAGCGCCACAUGCAUCAUGUUGUCUUGUUGAUGUGGGACGAGCUGUUUCUUCUCGGUGUUUUCUAGCCUUUGCAUCCAGAACUCGGCUCAGUCUGUUUUCAGACGGUCUUGAGGUAAAAUGCGGAACCUGAAGCUGCUGAAGAGUCUGCAGAGUUCGGAGCUGCAGGGUCCGGGCUCACCACAGUGUCUGGCUGUGCGAGCUGACACCGGCUCGCUGCUGAUCGCUUCUCAAUACUCCAUCACAGAGUAUGACCCACGAACUGGACAGGUAGUGAGUGAGGCCUCGUUGACAGCUGAGGGUUUCCUCCCAGAGGAUGGCAGCGGUACAGUGGUUGGACUGCAGGACCUGGCUGAACUCGAGUCAGCGUGUUUGGCCACAGUUGGUGGUGACGUCGUCCUCUUCAACCUCAACACUUGCCAGUUGGAGUGUGUUGGCAGUGUGGACAGUGGGCUGACGUCGAUGAGUUGGAGUCCUGAUGAAGAGCUUGUCGUUCUCACUACUGGUCAGGAAACAAUCAUCAUGAUGACCAAAGACUUUGAGCCGAUCACUGAGGUUGGGAUCCACCAGGAUGACUUUGGUGAAGGGAAGUUCAUCACGGUUGGCUGGGGAAAGAAGGAGACUCAGUUCCACGGCUCAGAGGGUAAACAGGCAGCACAGAGGAGGAUCCAGGAGGUGCAGUCAGCUGCAGCCUGGGACGACCGAAGGCCUCGGGUGACUUGGCGAGGUGAUGGUCAGCUGUUUGCUGUCAGUGCCGUCUGUCCUCAAACCGGCGCUAGGAAGGUCCGAGUCUGGAACAGAGAGGGUGUCCUGCAGUCCACCAGUGAGACCAUCAAUGGCCUGGAGCAGGCGCUCUGCUGGAAACCCUCAGGCAGCCUGAUAGCAAGCACUCAGCGUCAUCCCAACAAACACAGUGUGGUUUUCAUGGAGAAGAACGGACUACUGCACGGUGACUUCACUCUCCCAUUCAGCAAAGAUCAGGCUAAGGUGAAGGAUCUGCUGUGGAACAAUGACUCUACUGUUUUAGCUGUUUGGUUGGAGGACAUGACCGCUGGAGAAGAUGAAAAAGUCAGCACCUACAUCCAGCUGUGGACGAUGGGGAACUAUCACUGGUAUCUGAAGCAGAGUCUGGACUUUGGCAGAGAUUCUCAGAAGGCUCCGGUCUGUGUAUACUGGGACCCUCAGCACUCCUUAACCAUCCACGUGAUAACCCGCAACUGGACCAGCAUCACCUAUGACUGGGGCUGGACGACUGAGAGGAGCCCCGGCCUGGACGCCACUGACAACGCCAACGUGGCUGUGAUUGAUGGAGAUAAAAUCCUGGUGACAACCUUCAGGCAGUGUGUGGUUCCUCCGCCCAUGUGUGCAUUUGAGCUGCAGCUGCCAUCGCCAGUCAACCAGGUAACCUUCCUCUGCCAACCUCAGAGGACCAAUCAGCUGGCAGCAUUGACUUCUGAUGGACAGAUCUCAGUCUACAGCCAAGAUACAGGAGAAAAGGCUGACAAAACAGAAAAUGGAUUCCGGAUGGUGUCUCGUCCCCUGGUCCUCCAGAAAACUUUUAGAGUGAAGGUUGACCAGGAACAGCCUCUGGCCCUGCGGCAGCUGCUGUGGUUAGAGGAUAAGCUGUUUGUAGGUGUGUGCUCUGGUCUGCUGCCAACCUCCUCCACCCUGCUGAUGCUCCACUCUGCCCAAGACACUGAUGACACACUCGUCGUCAGGUCUGAGAUUGAAGUGGACGGUGUUGUGGUCAGUAUGGUUCACUGCUUCCAGUCUGGCACUGUGGCUCUACAGCUGGAGGAUGGACAGAUCAGGAAGCUGCUCUGGGACCAUCCUGAGGCAUCAGUGGAGGAUUGGCGUGACUCCAGCGGAUGCAGCAUCAACUUCCCUGUCUCCUGCGUUCAGACGGCCCUGUGCAGCAUCAGUGGGGAGGAAUGUCUACUGGGCCUCACAGACAGAUCCCACCUGUAUGCCGGAGAUACAGAACUGGCUUCCAAUAUUUCCUCCUUUGUGGUUUGCAAUGACUUCCUCCUCAUCACCACACACUCCCACACCUGUCGCUGCCUCCAGCUGAGCACGCUAAGUAUCAAAGGGCUGCAGGCAGCAUUGGCCUCAGAUGGAGGUCAGAAUGACGAGACGCUGCGGCGGGUGGAGAGAGGAUCCAGGAUUGUCACUGUGGUCCCACAAGACACCAGAGUGAUUCUACAGAUGCCUCGUGGGAACCUGGAGACUGUGCAUCAUCGAGCACUGGUGUUGGCUCAGCUCAGGAAGUGGUUAGACAGGUUGAGGUUCAGAGAUGCCUUUGAAUGUAUGAAGAAGCUGAGGAUCAACAUGAACUUAAUUUACGACCACAACCCAAAGGUUUUUCUGGAAAACACAGAGAACUUCAUCACACAACUGAGCUCCAUCAACCACAUUAACCUCUUCCUCACUGAGCUCAAGGAGGAGAAUACGACCAGCAGCAUGUACCCCCGUCCUGACGGCAGCCCGGUCCAGACCCAGCCUGUUUCUGGGCAGAAGAAGGUGGAUGUAGUCUGUGACGCUUUGCGGAGCACCAUGGAAUCGAUGGGUCCAAACAAGUUCUUUCUGUCCAUCCUGACGGCUCAUGUUAGGAAGACAGUUCCAGAGUUGGAGAUUGCUCUACAGAAAGUCCACGAGCUUCGAGUGAACCCCCCUGAAGGACCCGGUGCUGUGAGUGCUGAAGAGGCGUUGAAGUACCUCCUCUUCCUCAUCAACGUGAAUGACUUAUAUGAACACUCUCUGGGAACAUAUGACUUUGAUCUGGUGCUCAUGGUGGCUGAGAAAUCCCAGAAGGACCCUAAAGAGUACCUUCCCUUCCUAAACAUGCUAAAGAAUCUGGAACCAAACUACCAGCGCUACACCAUCGACAAACACCUGAAACGCUACAGGAAGGCCCUGCAGCACCUCAGCAAGUGUGGAGAUGAACAUUUCCCUGAAGCUUUGCAGCUCGUGAAGGAGCAGAAAUUAUACAGUGAAGCUCUGCGACUGUACACAGCAGACAGGCCUCACUACAAGGCCCUGAGCUGCGCUUAUGCCCAGUACCUGGUGGAGCAGCAACAGGCGGAGCAGGCCGGUCUGUUGCUAUGGCGAUGCGGAGAGUUAACCAGCGCCCUGCAAGCAUUCGCUGGCAGCUCUAGUUGGAGAAAUGCCAUCUGUGUGGCACAGCAAAUGCCUCUACCACCAGACCAGUUAGCUCUGCUGGCCAGAGACUUGGCAGAGAAGCUGACUGAACAGCGACGGUACUCAGAAGCUGCUCUGCUGUUAGACCAGUACGCCAAAGACUGUGAGGAGGCCAUCUUGGCUCUGAUCACAGGUGCCGUCUGGGAGGAGGCGCUCCGAUUGAUUUAUAUGCACAACAGACAGGACAUCACUGAAACCAACCUCAAACCCGCUCUGUUGGAAGCUGUCAGUGCACAGACUGCUUUCCUGGAGGCUCAAGCAGCAACAUUCACGCGGCACCGGACCCGACUGGCCGUGGUCCGAGAGCAGAAAGAGAAGGCCAGAUUGGACAUGCUGGAUGAGGAUGGUCCAGACUGUCCUGACGCUGAGCUUUACUCUGAAGCCAGCAGUGUAAUGACCGGCUCCAAAUACUCCCAGAGUAACUCCCGCAUUUCCUCGAGAUCAUCAAAGAACCGUCGCAAAGCAGAGCGGAAGAAGCUGAGUUUGAAGGAAGGAAGCCCGAUGGAGGACAGAGCUCUGAUGUAUGCUCUGGGUGAGAUCAUCUCCACUGUGGACAAGAUGAGAGAGGAAGUGCACAGCCUGCUGAAGGCCCUGGUGCUGUUCCAAUUUGACAAACAGGCGGAGAAGAUACAACUGACCUAUGAGGAAGCUCUGCAGAUGAUGGAGGCAGCAGUCCCUGAGGUGUGGCCUGAAGGACUGCAGAACAGUCAAGCUCAGCUCACUGGGCCAAACUCGACUGCAAACAGCAUCAUGGCUUCUUUCCAGCAGCAGCAGCAGCAGCAGAGACCCGCAGCUUCACACCAGGCUGCUGAUGUCCCGUUGCCACCAAAGAUGAGAAAUGGUGUCAAGUGGAAGCUCAUUGUUCUUACAUAAAUUAGUUCUGUUUGUAUUUUUUUUUUUUUUGAAACUGUAAAGCCAAAUGAUAAUUAUGUAUCAAAUAAAGAUUCAGUUAAUGUCUCUUUGUA